AUGGAUAACAGGGGUCAUCAGUCCCAGUGCUCCUCCAAUCAGACGAGCUGUAGCAUUGCCAACCUCCAAUGUGGGCAGGUGUACACUGUGGGCGUCAUGGUGACGGAUGACAACAACUGUACCAGCCUUCUGAGCCAGACUAUCUCACUGCCCUCUGACCCCUGCCCUCCUACCAACCUCUCCAGUCUAAUGGACUGUUCCAGUGGUUCUACCUUUCUGUCCUGGUCUCCAAGCCCCAACGCAGUUUCCUACUCUGGGAAGGCUGUGGGGCCGAAUGGGGAAGCAUUGUCCUGUAACACCUCCACCACCGGCUGUGUGCUGGGCAGGAUGGCCUGUGCCCAGGUGUACACACUCACUGUGUCUGCCUCAGACGGCACCUGUGUCACUCCCUACAGCGCCCCCUUACUGCAAGACUCCCUGUACUCUUGUAAAUGUGGUCAAUCACCUCGACUGUGA